AUGGCCCCACGACCAAUCCCCCACUCUAUUCUCUCUUCUUCGGCUACCCUUAUCCGUCCCCACCCUAUCCAAAAAGUCCAUCUCGAGACUUCUGUCGAUAAGGUCGCCAAGUAUUCAAAAGUUCUGAAACAAUCCAACUGUAGACAUGCUGUUAGUCAUGCUCUUCUCAGACUCGCCCAACUGGACUGUCCUAUGAGAGUGUUCGAGACAUGCAAGAGCGAAAAGAGACUGCAGAGAUUCGAAGGAAAUGUUGUGUGGACAAUGAGGUCUAGCGGGCGUCGGAGGACCCACCCAUUUCCGGGGAAUUAUGAGAGAAUGUCUGUUUUGUGCGCGGUCAAUAUUCUGAAGCGAAAAUUCGAGGAGCUCCGUCGUAAAGAAGAAGCCGAGAAGACAGGAAAGAAAGCAGCUAAGUUGGAGUUGAAGGAGGAGGAGUACGAGCCGGAGUUCUCAGGAUCAAUGGGACUGAAGUCUACAAUUAUGGAGAAGUAUGCGGAAUACAAACCAACACCCAUUCGUAAAUUUAUAAAAUUCAACCGAUAA